CUUGCUCGCGAGAAGUUUUUUGUGUAUUUUCUAAAGCUAUCAAUACAAUCGUGGCUAUUUCUAAAAUGAGACGGAGGAAAGCCGAUGAGGUCCAAAUAUUGGAGGAGACGAUACGAGCCCGAAACGAACAACAGAAAAAGGCCGGGGUGGAGCUGGACGCUACAUGUCACAUUUGUCUCAAGACCAAGUUCGCAGAUGGCGUCGGACAUAUUUGUAACUAUUGUUCCAUAAGGUGCUGCGCCAGAUGUGGUGGAAAAGUUACACUCAGAUCUAAUAAGGUAAUUUGGAUAUGCAUCCUUUGCCGAAAAAAGCAGGAGCUCUUGAGUAAAACGGGUCAAUGGAUGUUAGGUGGGCCAAACCCAGAAACGGACCUUCCACAAAUCCAGCAAGCGCCCUCGGACAAACGACCGAAACUAGAACGAGCGCACUCUGCCGCCGAAAAGGAAAAUCUACCGUUGCAAAGGUCGGGUAGUGUUUUGCGUAGACAAUAUUCAGAGCAAGAACCUAGAGCCCCUUCUUGCGAAAGGUAUCAACAGUAUAAUGAGGAAGAUCCCAGGUUUUACCAAGGAGAACUAGAGGGCCUUAUGAGAACGCAUCCGCAUUUGGUUCCAAGAAGAUAUCCAGACCCAGAACCGGAGCCUCUUCCAAUGGACGUUUCUCAACAGAGAGUUCAGUCCGCAGCAAGUGCCAAUAAAAAACACAAACGAAGCGGUUCUACGAAAAAGCAACACCCGCCACCCCAAGUGCACAUCCAUUCUUAUUCAAGCUCAGAAGAAGAUCUGAAGUCUACCCCAGAAUACGGUAGCGAUGAAAGAGAUAGCGAAAAAGGAAAUAACGGCGACUGGCCCCCAUUGAGCCAUUAUAUAGUAGCUCCUCAACAUAGACCACUCCAAGACGUAACGGCAGAUAACAGAGGAUUCACCGAGAGAAGAAAGAAGACCGUCAGAUUCGAUCAGCAUGACGGAAGCAGGCAAGGAUCUCAGGAUUCUCAUAGGGACUCGGGAAUAGACACGUCUUCCACUUUCACUUCAAGCGAGGAUUCCACGAGGGGGGAUUUGCUGCCUAAGCACCCACUAUCAUGGCAAGUUUCAACGGAUGGCACAAAAAUGAUCGGACACAUGAUAUUGAGAAGAAACUCUAGGGAAUCAAUGGGAUCAGGUGCUGCCAUUUUAGGAUUGAAAGUGAUUGGCGGAAAACUUUUGGAGAAUGGAAUGACAGGGGCUGUCAUCGAAAAGGUUAAGAAAGGAAGUAUUGCAGACAUCGAAGGACAACUCAAACCUGGUGAUGAAGUAAUAGAAUGGAACGGAAGAUCGCUUCAAGGAAAAACGUAUCAAGAGGUUUCGGAUAUAAUAGCAGAAAGCAGGCAAGAAGCAAAUGUCGAACUCAUUGUUUCAAGGAGUAUGGGGAGCAGGAGGGUGGCACAAGCGAAUUGGAGGCAAUCCGUGGGUCAAAGAGGUCAAACAGUCGGCAUCCACCAUCAGUGGCACCAGGACUCGGAAAUUCACGAACGGCCUCAUGUGCUGGUGACGUCGCCCGGCAGCCCUGAGCGCCAGGAUCCAUCGCAGCAGGCUUUGGCACCCAGCAUCGGGGGCCGGAUCCAGAUCCGUCUCGAGUUCGAUCCCUCGACUUUGCAGUUGUUGGUGACGAUCGUCUGUGCGGCAGGACUGACCCUGAGAUCGCCUCAGCAGCUUAGGAAUCCGUACUGCAAGUUGUUCUUGUUGCCAGAUCGGUCAGAGAAGAGCAAGAGGAGGACGAGAACUUUAGCAGGAACGACGGAACCUAUGUGGAACCAAACGUUCGUUUACUCCGGACUCAGAAGAGCUGAUCUUCGAAUUAGAGCUUUAGAAAUAACUGUUUGGGACUACGUCCGAUACGGUGCAAACGACUUCCUUGGUGAAGCAAUAGUUGAAUUGUGGCCGUUGGACGAACAGCCAACCUGGAGGACGUUGGGCCCUCACGAGGAAAUUGCGCUGACUCCUAGUGAACAUCUCUCUCCACCAAGUACUGGUUCCAGAUUUUCUGAUAGCGAUACGCCUUCGGAAUGUGAGAUUGAUGGGGGACGAGAUAGACGAAACGCAGACGGAGCUAGUGUGAGCAGUAUAGGUAGCUCGGCGAGUCCUCCCAGAGAAAACGAUCGGCGAUCUAGACGGGACCAAGACACAAUGCAGACCUAUCAGGCGUAUAACAAUAAUAACAAUAGGAAGAGUGGAAUGGCCGGCCAACGAUCGCAUUCAGCGGCCCCAUGCGACUCCCCAAGCAUCCACAUGUCCCGUUCUCGUUCCAAAUCUCCUCGUCGAUCUGCCACUGACCAUCGGUCCCUCUCUCCACCCGACGUUCGCCUUUCCGACUAUACCCCUACCACCUACAAAACAUCGCGAUUUCAGUCACGAAGCGCCACAGCGACACCUACUGGAUCUCCAAAGAAGCGUCAGUUACCCCAAGUGCCCCAAGCUCUAGCUCGCGCCCUGCAGGAGCGGGUUACUCAGGAUCUGGAGGGAUCCAACAGGAAUCGCAUGAGGUACGUCCAUACCUACAGAAGCACCGGAUCGGGUUGGGAGAGAAGGUACAGCGGUUUAAGCGACAGUGAUCUGGCGAAUCAUUCGAGGUCGACCAGGAGGUCUUUUUCGCCGGAGAGAGAUCGAGACAGGGACCCUCUGGGCCUCGUAGACUUUGAUAGCGAUAUGGAGAGUGUUGUUUCGGUUACGAGCAGUGCUUUUUCUACGCAAUCUGAGAGACCGAGAGGGACUAGAGCAGUAGGUACGGAGUACGGAGGGUAUCCAAGCUACAGAAGCACACAAAGAAGCGCUAGGGAGCAGGAUCCAGACACAAGAAAUCCAAUCGAACCUCUUGAUCCGCAUCACAGUUAUCACCCGAAUCACUACCCGAAUCACCAUCAUCACCACCACCAUCACCAUCACCAUCGAGAAGGAAGUGUUAAGAGGGGUCAGUUCACCAGGAGUCUGUCAAAUACUGAACCGCCGACAGAGGAAAAAACAGAUGGUAGUUUGAGUGAUACAGCCGUAAGUCAUCUCCAAGGACUUGAAGUUCCCCAAAAAGAGGUUAGCAGUAGAAAGGAGAACCAGAGAGACAGGGAGCGGGAGAGACAGAAUCAAUUUGUCGGUCUCAACAAGAAGAGCAGCUCGACAAGCCAACUUUCAGCCACAGGUCGAAAACGAAGGAUGGGAUUUGGUAAAAGAGGAAAAACUUCAUUUACUGUGCAUAGAUCCGAAGAAGUGUUACCAGGAGAUGUGCGUUUGUCGAAGCAAGGAUCUUCAGCGUCUAGUGAUGGAGAAGGGUCGGCUGAUGGUGACAGGUGGUCUCCUUCUCUGCGCUUAGCGGGUGAAGGUGGUCAGCUCGCCGACUUCAUAGAUGGCCUUGGACCGGGUCAGCUCGUAGGCAGACAAGUGCUGGGAGCUCCCUCCCUUGGAGAUAUUCAGUUAUCGCUGUGUUAUCAGAAAGGAUUUUUGGAGGUGGAAGUGAUCCGAGCAAGGGGUCUCCAAGCCAGACCAGGAUCCAAAGUACUGCCAGCUCCGUAUGUCAAAGUAUACCUCGUUAAUGGAAAAAAAUGUGUAGCAAAGGCGAAAACUACCACUGCCAGGAGAACGCUAGAUCCCUUGUAUCAACAGCAGUUAGCUUUUCGAGAAAAUUAUCUAGGAUGUAUUUUGCAGGUAGAUCAAUAG